AUGAUACCUUCUCCUUACCGCGUUUUGAUCUUCGAUAUUGGGGAUGUUCUUUUUACUUGGUCUCCCUCCACCAAGACGGGUAUAUCCGGAAAAAACUUUGAAGUCUACCUUGUCAUUGGACAUUUGGGUCGACUUUCUGAGGCCGAGUGCUAUAAGAAAGUGGGUGACGCGUUUGACCUGGAGGCUUCCGAGGUCAAGGAAGCAUUCUCACAGGCUCGCGAUUCGUUGAAGGUCGACCAUACAGUCUCAUCUAUGAUACAUAAUAUAAGAGACCACUCAGGCUCCAAACGACAUAUUUACGCGAUGUCAAAUAUUUCCAAGCCCGACUACGAUGUGCUGCGCACGAAAGCGGCCGACUGGGAUGUUUUUGACAGUGUAUUCGCUGCUGGGGAGGUAGGUAUGCGUAAGCCAGAUCUUUGUUUCUAUAAACACGUUCUUCAAGCCAUAGAUGCUCGACCUGAAGAAGUCAUCUUUGUCGACGAUAAGCUGGAGAACGUGAUUUUGCGAGAUCACUAG